CACCUGCAUAAUUUGCCUCGGGCGAAAGCUACCGCUCUUCCGAAAGUGUAGCAAGAAGCGCCUACAAGGAGGCUGAGGACUCUGAGAAACCGAUCAGUUGCGGCCACCAUGCAAUCCUGAGAAGCCUCUUGCAAAGCUGAGCGAAAGAUGCAGCAAAUAUCUGUGAUAGUCCGGACUCUGGUAGCGAUAUUCAUACUUCUGGACAAAUCAGAAGGUGCUGCCGACUUUUCGUUCGAGAUAGUGGGUCGUCCGGGAGCAGUGAGGCCCAUCCCGGGAGAGACUGUCCGGUUCACUUGCUCCGUGGAGUCAUCCUUGGGGUUGAGUUGGAGCAGCAACAUUUUCACCAACGAGCUCCGUUUUUUCACUGUGGAUGACGUUGGUGACCAGCAGUCUGACGAGGGAACAAAUGCUGUUGCAUAUCUGACUGAGAAGGGCGGAGGAAACUUUAGUUCUGUCCUGAACAUUUCAUCAUUGGAGGCCAGCAUACACAACAACACUCUCGUAGAGUGUAGUGGUUACAAUGAAGGGAGCUCGAGCAACUUCACAAUCGUCAUGGCAGGCAUACCAUCACCACCAGUUGAUCCUGAGCACUCCAACAACACCUGCUUGUGUGCCAACAUAUCCUGGGCCCCUCCGAAAUUUGACGGAGCUGCUCCUAUCACACACUUCACCAUCACUCUCACUCUCCCCGCACACACCCUCCCCAAUUCUUCCGUGUCAGUCAAUCGUUUUGAGAUUGCUGACGUGAAUGCAACGCAGAUCGACAUGUGCGACUUGCGCCCAAACGCAGUCUACAACACGACCAUAACGUCCCACAAUGCAGUUGGCACCAGCCGAGCUGAAGAGUUUGUGACCUUCAUCAUUGCUACUGAGCCAUACCCAGCUCUGAACCUGGUGGCCAGGCCAGUCUGCGCCAAUCACAGACGCUGUCUCUUUAACGACUCGGACCACCUCCUGGUGACCUGGGAGCUCCCCAAACUCAACUCACUCCUUCUCUGUCCUGUGGAGCAAACAUGGCUCAACUACUCCUUCCUCGAGCUGGAAGUUCACAUGCAGUCGUUCCAGAUCACGGCCCCAUAUAUUGGCGUGACGGACACAUCGUUUGAGAUUAGACCAGUGACGCCUGGAACUACCUACAAUGUUACUGUGACCUUUGUAAAUGAAGUUGGGGAGUCAACAGACAUUACAGUUGCAAUUGCAGACGUUCUGCUGUUCCAAAACUACUUGUUCCAGAAGCGAUCCGAGCCAUUUUCUCUUUCUGAAGGGAGGCGGGCAGAAGUCUACACUGUCAGACUUGAUGGACCUCCAUCAAAUGAAGUGGCAAUAACUGUCAAUCCUGCCGACGACUUCCUAAGUGUUGAGCAUCCAGUCAUGUUCGAGUACCUUGUAUUCAACGCCGACAACUGGUUUGUGGCUCAAGAUAUUCUUGUGAGUGCCAUCGACGAUGACGUAAUCCUGGAGUCACCAUAUGGCUCGCUCCUGAGGGUUGUUGACCUGGAAAUGACUGAGGUGAACCUUACGCUGCUGGUCAGCGAGACGGAUGUAGUUGAUGUUUUGAUCAUUCCGAGGGAGAUGUACCCAUCAUUUCGACACAUCCCCGAGGGCCGAUGGUCGGUGUUCAACGUCACCCUUCCCAGCCAGCCAUACUACAACGUCACCAUAACCUUUCACCCUCUCAACCCCACUAUAUAUCUCUCUCAUGUGGAGAUGAUCUUCCAACCUUCAAACUGGAAUGUCUCCCAGAUACUGACAGUUUUUGCAACCGAAGAUGACAUAAAUGCCAUCCUCUCUCCGUAUUCGGCGAGUUUCAAUUUGAGUCUUACCAGUAGGGAUUACAACUACGACGGAGCUGAUAUUGACGAUUAUGAAGUAACUGUUGAAGACAAUGAUGAUGACUCAGCAGUUUUGGCGGGAACUCUGACGUGGGUCAAACUUGACAGUGGAAACCGGACGACGGCGCAGUUCAGCCUAGCUCUCUCCCUCUCCCACUCGCAGUACCCGUCCUCCGAGGUCGGCGACAGGGUGUACGUGACCGGCUCUGUGGUGGAGUACGGAGAUGGAGAGACUACUGGAGACGGCCCGUUGGCCAUGGAGGUGGUAUCUGUGAAUACUGGAGAGGACUACAUACUUGCCACCACACGUCUGCUGCACACUUACCCUACCACUUCAUCCCAUGGUCAGCCGUGGGAGGCUGUCUUCCGCUACUGCUGCAGAGCACAGGACAUACGAAAUAAUCCUGACACUUGGAUUGUGUUGAGCGUCGGAGUGGACCUGACGUAUGCCUCGUCUCCUCUCAUUCCUUCACUUCCACCUGUCACUCUUUACAUGUCACAGGGGACACAAGGGUUCUUCUUCACCAGUACACACCCCAACUUCCAUCCCCUUGUUUUCUCACUGGGAACUAUGUUUGACUACAUGUCUUCACAAGCCGGCACACCACAGACAUUGCGGAUAUCACACAGUACAGGUCAUGUGACAUGUGAUACUGAUCACAUGACCCCAGGGGACUACAGUGUCAUGAUAGCAGUAGAGGACACGAUAUCAGGAAUCAGGGUUGUAUCUGAGAUAAGACUCAAAGUGAAGCUGCCAGUGCCUGACGAUGUUCCUCCAGCCAUCCUCACACCUCACCCUAUCCUUCCUCCUCCCCCUCUCGUCUUCUCCCAAACAACCACCAAUCACACCCUCCUAGUCCGUGAUGAAGACACCAUAAUGGCGGUCGAAGUACAUGUCCUAUCAAAUCUCCCUGAAGGAGCUGAACUCUCUCAUUUCAAGAUUAGAGGAGAUAAAACAGGGGAAGUUUCGCUGUCAUGGAUACCAUCUGAAGAGCAGAUUGGAGUGUAUAUAGCAUGUUUCGUUGCCAUGGAUAUGUAUUCAACUUCCUCCACCCCAUACUGUGUAUCAGUUAUCGCCACGUCAGAUGACAAAGAGUUUCCAAUUGUGGACUCAAAUGGUCCUCUUGCCAAUGGUUUGACGUUCACCCAGUCGUACGUCAAAGGAGUAAACGAAACCGUCCCUCUAGUUUCAGGCGAUGCCACCAUUUCUACACCUUCUUAUGGCAUUCACUACAUGUCUAUUGCUCUUGCUAACUCUCCUGACGGUUCCAACGAGAAAAUAGUAUUCUCGGAUUACUUCGAACCGUCCGUCUCUUACCAGUACACCAAACCACCAUCUAAUGACUAUUCCAGUGUAUUGGUUAUCAAAGGUACAGCUACACCUACCAUAUACAGUGAGAUUCUCAGGAAUCUUAGGUAUGUCAAUAACAAGGGCAGGCCAACCGUUGGCGAGAGGGUCCUUUACUUGGUGGUAUCCGAUGGUGAUACUGCAAAUGACUACACUGUUUCCUACACUACCAUUGAUGUUUCAAUCGACAACAUUGCCCCUGUUCUGAGUGCGAGUGGUACAGAUGAAGCAUUUGAGGGGCUAUUCUUACCUUUUGAGGGCCCUGUGCCAGUUAUAAAUCCGCUAGAUGCCUACGUCAUUGACACCGACAGUGAAGGUAUAGAAGGUGCUACUCUUGAGCUUGGAAAUGUUCAAGAUGGGGAAGAUGAAGUCCUCAGUACCACAUACAAAUCGCCUGAGAGGUUGAGUCUACCUAUCAUUGCAGAGGCAGUGGACCUGGAUAUACCGUUUGGUAUCCUCUGGGAUGGAGAAGAAGCCCCUGCAAUUAGUAGCAUAAUUACUGUCAGUGAAGACUCUUCAGCUGUAGUUGGUGAAGUUAAUGUAGUGGUUGAUGUGCGACACUCGUGGGUUGGGGACCUGAGCAUUGAGCUGGAGCACAACUCUCUCAGGAAACAGCUGGUUUUGAAUCCCGGCGGCCAGACUUGCCAAAAGGACGAUCUCUUUCUUACAACCUUCAGCAGCUACUUUAACUCCCAGACUGACCCGCCCUCCCUGUCGAGGACAGCUGGUUCCCCGGGUGUUUGUGUCCUGCGAUCUCAAGGAGUGUUUACAACUGACGGAGACAUCCAGUUCUUCCACGGGAUGUCAAUCGGUGGAGAGUGGGUGCUUCAUGUAAAGGAUAAUGUCCUCGAUGAAUAUAGCGGUCGUUUAGCUGGCUGGAGUCUUAUAAUACAGCCCCUAGAGACUCAUCUAGUUGAAAGCUACCCUCCAGUACUCCCUCCACUGAGUGUUAGUGGAGAGAGUGGAUAUGAGGAAAGACAUGUAAAGAAAGUGACUAGCGACGGCCGAAUUGCUGCAAUGGCAGUUCACGUGCACUUGGGGGUGCCGCACACAGCAGAGUUUGCUUUCUUACCAUCGCUGGUAUUGGUACACCCAGAUGGCACAGAGGUAACCCUGGCACAUGGAAUUGACAACUUGUGUGCUAGGGGCAAUUACACUCACCUAAUUUUUGAUGACAGAGCACGGUCAACUGAUUAUAGCUGUUAUUCACUGCUUCAGCCCCAAACUAGUGGAUCGGGAUUCUCAGGCUCAUCAUCUGGCCGUUAUUUGGUGCCCGGGAGUGGAGCAGAAGUAGGUUACAACGCUUUCGCUGGAUCUGCUUCAGGAACUAGAUCAGGGUCCGGAGUUGAUUCUGGUGGUUCUGGCAUUGGCUCUGGCUCGGGAUGGAUCCUCUACCCCGAGAACACAGUCACGUUUGGCGAAGCAGUUGUGAACAUAACCACUUUUCCCACAAAGUGGUCAAUGGUGGACCUACUAACACCAACCACCCCUCUCCAUGUCCUUAGAGGAAAGCGGCUCCAAGGUGAGUGGAGCCUUGCGCUCUCCAGCCAGCACUCGCUAAAGUCGACACUAUUUGACUGGUCCCUGAGGAUAGCUCGUGAACCAAACAUUGAUGCCACCUAUGAUGCAUCGGAGAAUAUUCUGACUCUAUCGGGGUUAGAUUCACCAAGCAACUACCAGAGUGUUCUGAGAAGUAUUGUGUAUGAGAAUAAAGCAACAGACUAUGAGUUUUUGACUCCAAGAACAGUUACAACCACAGUUUUUGAUGGUGAGUUGUAUUCAGAUUCAACAACCAAUGCUACGAAGUCUUAUGUUACCCUGCAUCAUAUUGUAUUGGAUCUUGACCCCGCUGAUCUCUCCAAUGCCAGUACACCAGACUUUUCUAUUAGGUUCAUAGAGCACAGUAGCUCAAUUGCCAUUUUGGACCAACAGAGGGCCAUCCUAACUGAUCCAACCUUCUCUGAAGGCUUGUAUACGCUCACUAUCACACUAACUGGCUAUCAAAACCACAAUGAAGAAAAUCUAACAGUUGAUAUGUCAGUGUCCCCUGAGCUACGGGCACAGUACGCCAACAACAUACCCAACAAUGAAUUCACAGUGACCAUCACACCCAUCAACUCAACCUUGCUGCCAAUUGAACUUUUCGAGGCUGUUAUGAGAACAGUGGAGUACCACAACUAUGCCGAGGAGUUUUUAGGCUCCACUCGCUCAGUGGAAUUUGUCGCCACUGAUGCUGCAGGUGGCAGUCGGUUCACUAGUAGGGUUGCGACUGCUUACAUUACCCUAAGUCCCACCAAUGAUUUCGCUGUGCUCCAACUGAAUGCAUACCAGUAUGGUCCCGGUAGCGUGUUCUCAAACGUUGUUGAAUACAAAGAAGCGGAAGGGGCAGUGUUGCUAGCCAAUGCCAGUUCUGUAGUGCUCACUGACAAUGAUCACACCACAUUAGAACGUGUUACGGUCACUAUCCAAAAUGCCCAAGACGGCGAAAUGGAAAUCUUGUUUGCAAAUACGGAAGGAUUCAAUGUGGUUGCCCAAUACAAUAGAACAACAAAUGUCCUUGUGCUUAGUGGAAGAGAUGCGCUGGAGAACUAUGCACAAGUUAUUGGUACUGUCACGUACAACAAUACAUUUCACAGCCCUGGCCAGCCAGGUACUGAUCCAAGGUUCAUUUCCUUCGUACCGUAUGAUGGUACACAUGAGGGCUAUGCAGUCACUGCUCUGGUCACCUUCUCAGCUGUUAAUGACGCACCAUUCGGCGAUCUCAACGGACCUGCAAGAGGUAUCAACUUCUCGACUUUGUUCACAGAAGAGAGAGGACCGGCAAAUAUUGCCAGCUCCAACCUCACACUCUUUGACAUAGACAAUACCACCCUCUCGUUUAUUACAGUCCGCAUCACCAACAACAUUGACAGUCAUCUUGAGACACUUUCUGUGAUGGAUGUUUUAGAGGAGACGGACCCCGAUGAAAAAGUGGUAGUGUUGACAUUUUUACGUCCGGAAACAUCGUAUGACUAUUCAUCUGCCACUCUUACCAUCUCUGGCCUUGACUCAGUUAGGGAGUACCAAGAGGUUCUGAGCACUCUUGCCUAUAACAACACAGCAGACGAGCCAAAUCCGGCCACUAGGGUCAUUGAAGUCAUUAUGAGUGAUGGAAGAACUGAGAGCAAUCCCCUAUAUAUUCACGUCGAGAUUGAGCUGGUGAACGAUUCACCGUAUUUCGAUCUCACUCAACCAGCUUUCGGACCUGAAAUCCUAGAAGAUGUACCCGUUGAAGAGAAUGGUGGUACUCCUGUAUCGGAAAUUGCGUAUCUGAUUGUGGACGACGAUGUGGGGGCACAGAAAGGUGUGGCAAUUGUCCAGCUGGACACUCGAAAUGGCGAGUGGGAAUUCACGCUGAACAGUGGGGAUACUUGGACAAGCAUGCACUCAGUGAACCGAACCUCGGCACUGGUACUUGAAGCUCUCAUGGAGCAGAGGGUGAGAUUCAUUCCAAAUCAAGACUUCAAUGGAGAUGUUGGUAUCGCUAUCGUUGCUUGGGAUAAAACCAACGAAGGGAUAAGUGCGGGUACUUUCAUUGAUGCAACGUCACAGUCCAGUACAGACCCAUUCAGUGACGAUAUGCUGCUCAUCAAUCUCUUCGUGAUCCCAGUUAAUGAUGCACCGGUCCUCCUUGAUUUCCCUCUCAAUGCCACUUCCAUACUGGAAGAUGACUACACCGCAACUGGAGACACAGUUCUCAGUCUGCUCACGUUUGCAAGUGAUGUUGACUUCCACGAUGAGCUCGGUGUAGCGGUAACGGCGGCUAAUCAAGAGAAUGGUGUCUGCCAGUACACAACAGAUGGUGGAGAGAACUGGGAAAUGUUUGGCUCUGUCGGCAUUGAAUCGGCUCUGUUGCUGCGUAGCUUUCCUGCAGAAGAUAACAGAAUCCGAUUUGUCCCCGACUUAGAUUUCAACGGCUAUGUUUCCAUUGAUUUAGUUGCAUGGGACCUGACAAGACUGCCUGAGGGCGAAAUAUUCAUGCCAGGGUCGGCUGAUGCCUCUGGUAAAAUAGCAGUGAUGUCAUCUUCAUCUGGAAGUGGCUCUGGCUUUACUUCAGCCAGUGGCUAUGAGAUUCCAUCAGGUAGUGGCUCUGAUUCAGCUUCAGGAAGUGGAUACAGAGAAAGUGUGGACUCUUCAGGAAUCAAUCCUGUUUACCCAAAUGUGACUUUGCCAGAACCCUACCCUGUUGGAAGUUACAUCAACAUCAGCCUCUCUGACGAAGUCACCGGUCCGUUCAGUGUGAAUUCAACUUCUCUCACUCUAUGGAUUGAGCCUGUGAAUGACUCGCCAGUUGUAAGUCCAGGAAUGACUCUAGACGGCAUCAUGGAAGAUCUGUCGGUGGACAUCAAUCAUGGCACGCAGGUUUCGCGCAUCAUAAGUGGAUACUACAAUGAUGUGGAUGCAAAUGCUGAUACAGGACUUGCUGUGAUUGGGGUGGACAAUAGGUUUGGGUUGUGGGAGUAUACAUGUGAUUCUCCCAGUAACCCAUCUUCAUGGGAAGCUUUCAUAGGAGAUAUCCAGUACAAUCAGAUUGUACCACCCCUCCCUCUCCAAGAAAAGGCCACUUUACUUCUCUCGACCUGUUGGAUCCGCUACCUCCCCUCUGCAAACUUCAAUAAUGAACUUGAUACAGAUGGCUAUCCCAGACCUGACUCGGAUGCACCAUACAUCCGAGUUCUAGGCUGGGACAACACAGGCAGGACUUUCAAUAGAUCGGGAACAUAUGGCAAUGAUGCUACAUACGCUCAUGAGGCUAUAAUCAACGAAUACAGCAUAAACCCCGAACAGGUGUUUAUUACUGUUUUAUCUAGAAAUGACAAACCUGUCCUUGGUCUGACUAGUUCCACAGUCCCAACUUACUCAGCUGUGUUUCUGGAAGAUCGCCAUCCUGUUGAAAUCACAGGAGAAGGAUUGAGCCUCAUCGAUGUCGAUCAUGCUCGGCUAAGAGAUGUAACUGUUACCAUCUACGGCUCUGUCUAUGACCAGCUCCCCCAGUCACUGGCUAGCAUUGACUUUGGAAUCUCUGUGAGUGGGGACUACUCCUCAACAUCGAGCAGUGGUAGUUCGUCUGGUAGUGGAUUCGGUCAAAGUGGCUCUGCUAGUGGUAGUGCCAGUGGCAGUGGAAAUGAUAGCUUCAGUUCAGAGAGUGACUAUUUAGAAAGUGUGCCGACUUAUCCACCCUUUGUUCCGAUGGUGACAUCCGCUCCCCAGCUCCCUCCUCUUCAUCGCAUUAGGGAGUACGUUGAGAACCUCUCGAACCCCACAGAGUUGCAGCGCUAUUGUGCUGGGCUUCAGCCAAGAAGAGAGGAACUGUUCAUCGACGUAUCCAAGUGGGAUCUAGAGUAUAGGAUCCUCAGCUGGUGCCCAUUUACACUGUACAUCUAUGCUGACCCCAAGUAUGCCAAUGAUGCUCCAGUGGACCAGUUUAGGCUCGCUCUGGGCACUCUGCGAUACAACAAUAGUAUCGACGAGCCAGAAGGUGGAAACAGGACAAUCAGUUUCAUCGUCUCGGACAAUUUUAACACAAGCGAUGUGGUGAUUGCCACGGUAACUGUUGUCAAUAUAGACGAUUCACCAAUCCUCGACCUGAAUGAAAACGUACCCACCUUCAAUAACUUUGUUUCCUACAGUGAGGGACAGGGCCCGCUAUUGCUAGCCAACGAAAGCAUUAGUUUGAUGGAUCAUGACCACCAGUUUCUUCAAGGGGCGCGUAUUGUUCUCCAGAAUGCACCAGAUGAAGAUCACGAAGUUCUUGCUGCUGAUACUACCAAUACCACAAUCACUGCUGAAUAUACCAACUACACUUUGUACCUCAGAGGAAAUGCUACGGUUGCUACCUACCGUGACCUUCUAGCAACUGUAACCUACAAUAACACAUAUGCCAAUCCUGGAAAUCCUGCUGCAAUUGAACGGCAAGUUUAUUUCUAUGUCAGUGAUGGUGAGCUUGAGAGUGAUCCUGCAGUCGCCUACAUAUCAUUCACAGCCGUCAAUAAUCGCCCACAUCUCUUUGUAGGUGGCCCUCAGAACUAUACUGUGACUUUUGUAGAAGAGAAAGGUCCUGUGCUUGUGGUGAAUGCUGGAGAUCUACUGCUUCAUGAUGAGGACAAUAGCUCUGUUUCUUUCGUUACUACUAGAAUUUUGAACAAUCAAGACGGUAUAGGAGAAUACCUCACAGCUGAAAACAUCACAUAUUACGACAUACCAGUUCCUGGUGAUCCCAACUCUGUUGUUCGUAAUUACAUUUCUCCGAAUAUUACGUACAAUAUAGAAACCGCUGAGCUCUAUAUAAGUGGAUUGGACAGCAUUGACGAAUACGAACUCAUACUGAGGACCAUUCAAUACAACAACUCUUGUAGAUGA